AUGAAGCGAAAGGCAGACAAGCAACCAGCGCCUGCUUCAGUCAGCGCCUUUGCGGCGCGCAAAGCUAGACAGGAGCAGUCACAGGUUGCAACACCUCCAGCGAGGCCUUUAAAUUCUGAAUCAGCCGGAGAACCGCCGUCUAAAAAGGCGCGACGCUCGUCGGAAGAUGAAAAGUGUUCAGCUCAAGCUACUGGCAAGGACGACCACGUGCAAACAAGACGAUCUUGGCGGCGAAAGGCAGAGAAUUUGAAGGUCCAGGAAGCCUCGGAGAAGAAAAAGACUGUCCUUCGCCCGAAACCUACCGAGCGAUGUCCGGAUCAUAGCCCUUCUCAAAGCAAUGGAAACCAGGCUCCUUCGGAUGGAGAAUCGGAAGGCCAGAGCAUUAUUGUGGGGGAAAGUGGUGCUGAUGCUCCUGAGGAUGAUGCUAAUGGCUAUGAAACCCCAGUGGAUACCACAGUGGUACAAGAUUUUCCCUUGUCGAAAAUGCGCUUGAACAAAAGCAAUAUCGUAUACAGCGACGAGCAUACGCUUUGUAUCAAGAUAAAGGAGAACACGAGUCUGGUACUGCUUGGUCAUUACGAUCUUUGGAUUAAACGAGGCGUUGUCAGUCUCAUGGGCGCCAAGUUGCAUCCAUCGACACGACUCUACAGAGUGUAUGCCCCCUCGACACAUUCUCUGCCUGUUAUCAAGUGCGUUGCCGGAGUCGACGGGGCAGCGGAAAUUGAGAUCAAGUCAUGCCACAGCGGCAUCUAUCGCCUCAGGGACUUUUCUCCCUUAUAUCAACGGAUAUGGAAUGGCAAGAAUACCGCAGUGGAUAAAGCCACCUUGAAAAAAGUAUCCCCGUCCAGUAGGCGGACAUUUUCCGUGCUGUAUACAUCCGCGGAUGACUCUCUCAAACGGCACCUGCGACCACUGCAUCUUGAAAAGCAAUGGAGUUCUGCCAUCAAGUCUCUCUCUCAACGAGGUGGGCGACUUAAGGCGCUAAUCUGCGGCCCCAAAUCAUCUGGGAAAUCCACCUUCAGUCGAUAUCUCCUGAAUCAUCUCCUUAGUCCGGCACCACAGACUGAAACUAAUUAUUUUAACACUGACGGCAUUGCAUUCCUUGAUCUCGAUCCUGGCCAGCCUGAAUUCUCUCCAAUGGGGCAGGUCUACCUUGCACAUCUUCGUUCACCUGUUUUUGGGCCCCCGUUUACCCAUCCAUCCCUGGAUGAUUCUCAGACCGGAACAAUAAUCCGCGCUCACCACAUCGGAGCAACGUCCCCAAAGGAGGAUCCCGAUCACUAUAUGCGUGCUGCCAUGGACCUUAUGGACCGUUACCGCGCCUUGCUUGCCAGUUACCCUCUAUGCCCCCUUAUUAUUAACUAUCCCGGGUGGAUCUUUGGGCUCGGACUGGAAGUAGCUACAUGGUUGGUACGAUCACUUGGCCUGUCCGAUGUCGUUUACAUGAGCGAAAAGGGUCCAGCAGAGGUUAUAGAGCCCCUAGGCCAGGCAGCACAGGAAGCCAUGGUCACUCUCACCACUCUACCCUCUCAACCUACAGAUUUUGUGAGCCGUUCCAGUGCCCAACUCCGAUCCAUGCAAAUGCAGUCUUAUUUCCAUAUGGGCCACGCAGGUGAAAUCGGCAAUCCACUGUGGCUGCAGCAACCUAUAUCACACAUACGACCAUUCCAAGUCUCCUACGCGGGUCCCAAACAAGGCAUCCGCAGUAUCAUGGUCAUGGGCUCCCAGAUCAAUCCGCUGCUUCUGCACGAGGUAUUAGAUGGGGCUGUUGUCGGAGUAGUCUCGGUAGAAUCCCCACGUGCAAUACUGGGGCACACUGAUGGAUCUACGUCGACAAAUAGCACUCCAGCAGCGCCCAACGCAGACGAUUCGGAGAUGGAAAGCGGGUCAGAGUCCGACGCAGAUAUUAAUAUGGAUGACUCUGCCGAUGCACUUCAGGAGAAACAUGCAUCGGAAUCCAUUGACGCUGAUAUCGAGUCGAACAUCACGCGAACCCCGAACGAGGACCUUCCGUACCUCUUCGUCGGUGCAGGAAGCUGCAACCCGCUCGAUCCCCGGACAUCUCACUGUUUGGGCCUCGCGCUCGUCCGCUCCAUCGAUGUCUCCUCACGCAAACUAGAACUGGUCACGCCCAUUGCGGGAUCCAAGAUCUGCAACGCUCUGGAGCAUGGGUACGGCAUUGUUCUUGUACGCGGCCAACUAGACAACCCAAACUGGGCUAUAAGCGAAGACUACUACGCUGCGCGGGCGGCCGAGAAGCGCUAUCGCGAGUCGAACGAAAAAUCCAAGAAGAAUAGGGACGGAGCUGAGAGCGCCAAUGGAGAGACUGAUUCGGACAAACAAGGACGGAUGUCCAUGAUUCUUCGAGACCGGAUACGGCGCGCAAGCAAUGUACCAUGGAUGACCGUGAUCGAAGACAACAGUCGGAGACAGAGAGAGGCAUUCCAACAGAAGUCUUUGUGGAAACUCCGCAAAAAGGCAUAUCCGGGAAGUGAAAAUGAUGAAGACUGGUAA